AUGCCGAUAAUAGGUGUCUUGGCUCAGGAGGUAGACUCACCUCAACCACAGAAGGCCUCUUAUAUAGCUGCAUCGUAUGUCAAGUUCCUGGAGUCUGUAGGAGCUAGAGUCGUCCCUGUGAUGAUAAAUCAGACACUGGAAGAGUACAAAACACUGUUUAACUCCAUUAAUGGAAUACUCUAUCCUGGUGGUGAUGCUAGCAUCGUUUCAUCUGGGUAUGCGAACGCUGCUAGAAUCUUUUACGAGCUUGCCAUAGAGGUGAUAUAUAAAAAUCUGGACUCCAGGGGGGACUAUUUCCCUGUAUGGGGUACCUGUCUUGGAUUUGAGGAAUUGACAUACCUGACCAGCGGAAUGAAGCUUCUAUCCAAAACCAACACCAGUGGUGUGAUGUUGCCACUGGUUUUCACUAACGGAUCCAGAGAGAGUAAGCUGUUCAAGGGCUUUCCAGCAGAGGUUCUGGAUGCCUUGGCCUCUGAGCCAAUCACUGAAAACUCUCAUGGAUUGAGUCUCACUCUGGAGAGUUAUAACAACAAUACAGACCUUAGGAAGUUCUACAAAGUAUUGACUACAAACAGUGAUGGGAAAACAGAGAUUGUGUCAACUAUGGAAGCAUACGGUUUCCCCAUCUAUGGAACCCAGUGGCACCCUGAAAAGAAUGCAUUUGAAUGGACAAGGCCCUACAUUCCACACUCGCCAUCGGCUGUUAAGACCACUUUCUUUUUGGCUGAUUUCGUGGUCAAUGAAGCUAGAAAGAAUUUUCACAAAUUUGAGGAUGAAGAGGUGAAGAAGAGAGCACUGAUAUACAACUACAAUCCUGUGUACACUGGAAACAUUUUUUGCCUUUGA